GGGGGCCGCAGGGGCUGAUGGGAGGUUCCAGGACCUGAUCUCACAGCUCGUCCUCGUUAGAGCGCCACUUCUCCUCAGGUCCACCCGAGGAACCCCCCCCCCACAACAUGCUUCUCCUCCCAGCGGCUGCUCUGUGCUGCCUGUGUUCAGCACUGGUUGCCACAGCAGCAGAGCUGACUCAGGACCAGUUGUCUUUGACCGCGACAAUUGGUGGAGAGGCCUCGUUCAGCUGUGGAGGAGCUGAUCAGUAUGACUACAUAUUCUGGUUUCAGAAGAAAGACACAGGAACGUUCAGACAGAUUCUUGUUCUUACUAGAGAUGGUAAUGUUGAUAAUGAUUACAAUCAUCCUCAGAAAAACGACUUCACAGCUGAGAUUAAACAGAACAGCUGUGAGUUGAAGAUAAAGAAAGUUGAACCCUCUCAUGCUGCCACGUACUACUGCUGGAACCCACAGUGUGUGGAUUUCAUCUUCGGCUCAGGAACCAAAUUGUUCGUCACUGAUCGGCCGGUGGUGACUCCGGUGGUGAGCGUGUACCCGGCAGCUUCCAUAGCCGCCCUGGACGGGAAGAGCUCCCUGCUGUGUGUGGCCUCCAACAUGGUUCCUCCUCUGGUCCAGUUCUCCUGGACGAGACAGAGGGAGGGUGGUCCUCUGGAGACGCUGUCCUCUGCUCAUGGAGAGCAGCUGGAGCUCAGAGGGGCAGGACGCACCGCCGCCAUCAUGGUGGUCGACCGGCACGCUUCCUACAAAUACAACUACCGCUGCCACGUCAGGCAUGAGGGAGGCGCAGUGGAGGCCCCGGCAGAGCAAGUGGUUUGUGCUAAUCCAGCACCGACGCCUCCAGCACAGACGACUCCAUCACAGACGCCUCCAUCACAGACGACUCCAUCACAGAAGCCUCCAUCACAGACGCCUCCAUCACAGACGACUCCAUCACAGAAGACUCCACCACAGACGACUCCAUCACAGACGCCUCCAUCACAGACGACUCCAUCACAGAAGCCUCCACCACAGACGACUCCAUCACAGACGCCUCCAUCACAGACGACUCCAUCACAGAAGCCUCCACCACAGACGACUCCAUCACAGAAGCAUCCACCACAGACGACUCCAUCACAGAAGCCUCCACCACAGACGACUCCAUCACAGACGCCUCCAUCACAGACGACUCCAUCACAGAAGACUCCACCACAGACGACUCCAUCACAGACGCCUCCAUCACAGAUGACUCCAUCACAGAAGCCUCCACCACAGACGACUCCAUCACAGACGCCUCCAUCACAGACGCCUCCAUCACAGACGACUCCAUCACAGAAGACUCCACCACAGACGACUCCAUCACAGACGCCUCCAUCACAGAUGACUCCAUCACAGAAGCCUCCACCACAGACGACUCCAUCACAGACGCCUCCAGCACCGACGCCUCCAUCACAGACGACUCCAUCACAGACGACUCCAUCACAGAAGACUCCAUCACAGACGACUCCAUCACAGACGCCUCCAGCACCGACGACUCCACCACAGACGACUCCAGCACCGACGCCUCCAGCACAGACGCCUCCAUCACAGACGACUCCAUCACAGACGACUCCAUCACAGAAGCCUCCAGCACCGACGCCUCCAUCACAGACGCCUCCAUCACAGAAGACUCCACCACAGACGCCUCCAUCACAGACGCCUCCAUCACAGACGACUCCAUCACAGACGACUCCAUCACAGACGCCUCCAUCACAGAAGCCUCCAGCACAGACGCCUCCGGCGGCCUGGGCCCGGUCUCAGCGGCAGGUGAAGCUGCUCUGGCUGCUCUACACGCUGCUGAUGGUGAAGAGUCUGGUUUACUGCGGUGGACUCGCUCUGAUCCACAUCCUGAGGAACAGGGAGCGUCCAGCCGCUGCUCACCAGACCACGGAGUUUCCUGCAGCAGCUUCAACUUCUCACUGACUCCUGUUCACUUCACUCUGCUUCUCUUUCACUGCAAACAUUCAUCUGAGCUGUAACUUUGCAAAGUAUAAAAUAAAGAUUUUUAUUCUGAAGACAUUAAACAUAAAAAUAAAACACAUCUCAUCUCCUUUACA